GCCCCUAAUGUCACUCACCCUUCUCUUUAAAAGCAACUGCUUACUCGAGCCGCUUCUCCACUCUAUAGUCUGUAAUCCAUCAUCGCCUCUUCUCAUCAUUAAAAAAAGCUCAACAAUCUUAUCAUUCAGAGCAAUCGAUGGCUGAUCGAGACCGUUCACCGCCACAACAGCUUCAAGUACACCCUCAGCACCUGGGAUAUGGGGAAGGCGGCGUCAAGACCCUCUUUCCUCAGAGGGGCCCGUCGGCAAUUCAAGUCCUGGCAGUUGUCACUCUCCUCCCUGUUGGUGGCACCCUCUUUGGUCUCGCUGGUCUCACAUUAGUUGGGACCUUGAUCGGCCUUGCCCUCACCACCCCACUCUUUGUGAUCUGCAGCCCGGUUCUGGUGCCUGCUGUUGUCCUCUUCGGCCUGGCCGUCACUGGCUUCCUCUCGUCUGGAGCCUUCGGUCUCACGGGGCUCUCAUCUCUUUCUUGGGUUUUGAAUUGCUUCAGGCAGAAGGCUACGGAGCAGAUGGACGAUGCCAGGAGGCGCAUGCAGGAGGCGGCAGGGCAACUGGGCCAGAAGACUAAGGAAGUAGGGGAGAGGAUCCAGACAAAAGCCCAGGAACCUACUGGAAGAGAUCAAGGUGGAAGGGAAGCUGGAAAAUAGGUGGAGAAAUUCCAAUUAAGCACUGCGCCAGUAUGCAGCAUGGAAGUUGGUUCCUGGAAAUAAUAAUGUAGAUGUUUGUAAUUGUACUGUGAUGUUAUUAAUUGUACCGUGUCAAUUCGUAUUUGGUUGUAUUAUUGCCGGCAUCCAUCUCAGAUAUCCAUUUGCGUCAUCAUAAUCUCUUUGUUUGUUGAGGGUUUUCCUUGUAUUGGUAAGAUCAAUAUCUUCAAUUUUAUGGCAUUGUUUUGGUAUC